CGCAGCCUGCCCCUCCCACACGCUCUCUGCCCUCGCUUCCCUUCCAUCCUCGUCUUCCCCGCCGCCGCCCAGAUCCGGCGUCCCCGGUCCCGGUGGCCCGCAGCUCACGGCAGGCCGCCCAGCCUGUCUCUCCUCCCAAUCGAAGCUCGGCCCCGCCCCGCCGGGCAGCUCCUCCCCGACGCCCUCCUGCAGGAAGUACUGCAAAAAAACAAAAGGAAGACAAGGAUCACGAUGGCGUUACGUCAGGCACUGGGAUGGUCAGACGGGGAGGUGAUGCGGCCGGAGUCGAAGCCCUGCUCCCGCCUGAUGCGUCACACCGCGGGCAUCUUCUCUGUUGGCGGCGCCCUCGCUUCCUGGGUGCUCUGUCGCCUUCACUAUGGUCCGAGGAUAACAGUCCCGAGGAGCCUGAGGUGGGCGUCCUGUGGAGCGAUCUGCACAAGCUCGGCAUCGGCCUUGCUGGUGCGGCUCUUGAGCCCGGAGUGCGAGCCGCAGAACAUAGCGGCUUACGACAGGCCCGAACACAAGCCUGCAUAGUGGUAGUAUACCUUGGAGGCGAGGUUCUUGAUGAUCUAUCCCAGGAGAUGGAGACACAUUUAUCAGCACUUGUCGUGUGAGAGAGGUUCAUCUACCCAUAUCGUAGUUGCCCUGGACCUGGUUGCUGCCCGAGUCUGAUGGUGUGCGGUGAAAGGACCAGGAGUUCAAUGUGUCUUUUUUUCCUGGCUGUUACUGCUGGGUGUUUUUUUUCUUCCGAAAGUAGUGUAUUCAGUACUUCCUCUAUAACUUAACAUGACAGUGUUAAAAAAAAAUCUUAUACUCGUAUUAGGUUACAGAGGGAGUACUUGCGUACUAGUACCUCUGGUGUCAAGCAGAGUGCUUGUUCUUCCUCUGUUGUAAGUGAGCUAGCUGAAAGAAAAAGCCUGGUCGAGCAAAGGCAGUCCGGCCGGCGUUCGUUGCGGCGGCACAGCAGCUUCGAGUUGGUGGCACUGAUCGGUCGACGAGAAGAGGGGGAAGCAACUAGUAUAGAAUCUGCACUUGUGGUGCAAAAAUAGAAAAACGCAUUCUGGGCCAUUGGAUUGAAGAUGAAUGGCAC